AGUCAACACAAAUAACAAAUACUUUCACACAUUUUACUUUUACUUAUCAUAAAAAAUAAUAAUACCUAAUAUUAUAAUAAAUAAUGUUUUACUAUUAGUAAUAGGCGUUGUUUUUUACAAACACUAAUUAAUUAAUUGUAAUUAACUAUUGUUAUUAAAAUGAGUGACGGAUUAAACAAAUCGGUUGCCAUCGAUGUUAAUGAAGAGGCGGAACCAUUUCAGAAAGAAGACAAAGUGACCAUCAGUACCAACAAAGAUGUUACCGAUGGCGCUAUUAGUAGCAAUGCCGCCACAGUAGUUGGCUGUCUAUGCUGUCCGGUAAUAUGCGCAGGGUCUAUUGUAUUCAUUGUGUUAAUUAUAUUUUUGGCGCUCGGCGUACAGAUUAUAUUCAUAACAAUGGGUUCAAUCUACUUGCAUGACUGUCCCAUUGCCCCAUCACUGCCCAUAUUAAUGAUAGUGAACGUGGUGUGCGUAGUGUACCAAGCUCGUUUCCCGGACUUUGAAGACCCCGAUUCCGAAUACUACUGUCACCAAAACCUGUAUUUGUCCGCCUAUUGGAUACUUAACAUACUGUUGAGUGUAAUGGCUAUAGUGUUAGCCCUCGCCUGUUGUUUGUGUGAGCAAAAUAACUUUUGGCACAUCAACUGA